UUCUCUCUUUCUUCCAUCGAACAGCUGCAAUGGCGAGCUCAACCUCUCCUCAAGAACUGGCUCCUUUAGAUUCUGAAUCUCAGCUAUCGUCUCUCCUCGUUGAACUUUCACAGCAGGUUCAAGAAGGGAUGAGUGCCAUGGUGAAGAUGAUAAAUGAUGUUGAUGAUAACUCGAAUGGGGUAAUGGAAGAUAUACAAAGGUGUAAAGAUAAUGCACUUGAAAAGAAGAAGAUUCUUGAGGAUAAAAAAGAUAAUCUUUUGAAAGCAGCAUUCACAGUUAUGGAUAUGAUUAACAAUAGGGACAUGAGAUGAAAUCUGUAAGUUCUAAUUGCUUGUAUCUUACAUAAUUCAUUGAAUUAAAGCUUUGUUGAAACUCUGAUGCAGGAUUUUGUUGAAUGUGGUUGAAGGCAAUCAACAACAAG